CUCCUCCCUCAGUGCCUCACUGCAACGAAACAACCAAUCAAACAAAGAAACCAAACUACCAGAUUAACAAGAUGAACAUCCUCCUCCUCCUCUUCCUCAGCCUUCUCCAACUCAUCAGCGCCGCGAAAUCCGGCACCUACAACGCCGGCUGGCCCGUAGCCGGCACCUGGGUGGCGACCGACACGGUGUUCGCGCGCGAGACUGGCAUCGACAAGUAUCGAUUCACCAAAGCGGACGGACUCAUCUACACGUACCAGCUGGACAUCAACGUGGCCGAGGUGCAAGGGUCGUUCGGCAGCACGUACGUGUUUUAUGAAACGACGGACGAGUAUUACCUUACGGUCUUCACCCGGGGCGUGCACACAAUCAAUUUCAAUACCCAGGAUCCGUAUAUCUUGCAGGUCAAGAUUGUCGAGGGUUAAGCUUGAUAAUCUUUGAACCUAGGGCUCUGUGGGUGAGUGUGCUGUUUUGGGGGCUAGAUUUGUGGUAGAUAUGGUAUGGGGGAGAGGGGUAGAGGGACGAGAGGGCGGUUCUGCGUUUCUUAGCUGCAGUUCAACAUGAUAGUGACUUGGGAC